GCGACCUCCUCUCGCCCGAGAGCCCUCGCAGCCCGCCUAACGCGUGCGCCUUGUGUUUGUGUGUGUCUGGCAGCGCCCGCGGCGGGCAACCGGCCGCCGUCGUUCAGCAAGGACAUGGACCAGCUGGUGCUGUCGGAGGCGGCGGCCGUGGGGUCGGUGGUGUUCCAGCUGGAAGGGUCGGACCCGGAGAACUCGACGCUGCGCUUCGGGCUGGCCGGCACCGACCGCUUCGAGGUGGACGCGGCGACGGGCGAGGUGCGCGUGGCGCGCCCGCUCGACCGCGAGCAGAACGACACGCUGCGCUUCUUCGUCACGCUCGAGGACGAGGUGGAGGGCGGCGGCCACAACAACCUCGUGCAGGUGCCCGUCACCGUCAUCGUGCUCGACGAGAACGACAACCCGCCCGUCUUCCGAGGGACGCCGUACGAAGUGACGGUGCCGGAGGACACCCCGGUGGGCAGCACGGUGUACCCCAACCUCCUCGCGGAGGACCUGGACCAAGUGGGCGAGACGUUGGAGGUCAGCUGCAGCGACUUGCAGCAGUUCCCCGGCGCGUGCUCCAGGUUCGAAGUGGUGGCCCUGAACGCCAGCGAGCGCGCCUUCCACGGCGCCAUCGUCCUGCGCCAGCCCCUCGACUACGCCGCGCGCCAGUUCUACCAGAUGUCGCUCGUGGCCACGGAUGGUAAUCACGAGAGUCGUACACCAUUUGAACUGCGCGUGGAAGAUGUUCAGAAUACACCACCUGUAUUCAUUGGUUCUCUAGCAGGUGUAGUACAUGAAGAUGCACCAAUAGGAACUUUAAUAAUGACUGUUCAAGCACGUGAUGGUGAUCGGGGAAAGCCACGAAAAAUCACUUAUCAACUCGUGACCAAUCCUCUUAAUUAUUUCCUCUUGGACCCUGAAACUGGAGAACUUCGCACCGCUAAACCUUUGGACAAAGAAGCUCUUCCAGAUUCUACUGGUGUUCUAACUAUAUCCGUUCGCGCUCGUGAACUUGUGAAUGGCUCAGCUGCUGGUGAUCCUUUGACAGAGGCAACUACAGACCUCACAAUUACCAUAAAAGAUGUUAAUGAUGAGGCUCCUCGCUUUAAUCGUCGUGAAUAUAGUACAUCCAUUUCUGAAAAUGUACCACAAGGAACACCACUUCCACAUCUUGAUAUGUUAGUUUCGGACCCAGACGUAGGAAUCAAUUCCGCUUUCACCUUACGUUUAGAAGACAUAUCAAAAGCUUUCCAAGUAGAACCUGAAUCAGCUACUGGAUCUACAUCUGUCAGUAUUCGUGUGGCAAAUGGAUCAUUAGAUUAUGAAAAUCCCAAUCAACGGAAAUUUAUUGUUUUGGUUAUUGCUGAAGAAUCACAAACAAAUCCUCGGCUCUCAUCAACAGCCACAGUAACUGUCACUAUAACAGAUGCGAAUGAUAAUGCUCCCCAAUUUGAUCGAGAUGCUUACACUGCAUCAAUAAUUGAAACUGCUUCUCCUAAUACAGUUGUUACCACAAUUACUGCCAAAGAUCGAGAUAGUGGGCACUUUGGAGAAAAUGGUAUUAUAUAUUCCCUCUUUGGAGAAGGUGCUGAAAACUUUACUGUGAACAACAAGACUGGUGUCAUUACUGUGGCAGAAUGUCCGUCUCCUGGAGCAAGUCCUUGCCUUGAUUUUGAAACUAGACCUGUUUAUUAUCUGUCUUACAAGGCUACAGAUGAUGAUGGCAAAGGACUCUCUAGCAACGUUCCUUUGAAAAUUACUUUACUUGACAGCAAUGACAACAAACCUCAGUUUCUUAGCAAUCAUUAUCGGGUAGUAAUAGAUGAAGGAGCUACAAGAUUUGAACCUCAAUUGCAAGUCCAGGCACGAGAUUUGGACAAAACAUCACAAAUUGUAUUUUCCAUUGUAGAUGGAAAUGUUAAUAAUAUGUUUUCCAUUGAUCCCCAUUCUGGGGAAUUAACUAUAAACAAUCUGAAAGGAGUUGACAUGACAAAUGUAUCAAAAGAUGAUAUAAUGUUAACUAUUCAAGCCAAUGAUGGAAAAUUUUCCUCUACUGCAACUGUCCAAAUAGUUGUUCGUGAUGUGAACAAUAAUGCUCCUGCAUUUGUAAGAGAUAAUUAUGUUGCUUUUGUUCAAGAAGAUGCUUCUGUGGGCACUAGUGUUGAGCAAACUAUGGCAAUUGAUGCUGAUUCAGGAAUAAAUGCUGAAAUUAAGUAUCGUAUUCAAAAAGGAGCUUACGAUGAUUUUUCUGUUGAUGAAACUACUGGUUUGAUACAAGUAUCUAAUAAAUUGGACUUUGACAAACGAAGUCAAUACAGCAUAGAACUAAUUGCCAUUGAUGGAGGAACCCCAUCUCUCACUGGAACAACAACUGUUUCAAUAACUGUUCUGAACAGCAAUGACAAAGAUCCUGUGUUUGAUCCUCCAACCCAACGAGCAGAAGUAUCAGAAGAUGCUUCUCCUAACACUGUUUUCUACACAUUAAAAGCAAAAGAUCCUGAUGUUAAUUCAUCAGAUGCUCUUAAUUUUGCCCUUGCUGAACCUAUAACUGCUGUGGAUAAAAAUGGAAAGCAAGUUACUGACUCUGAUGAAUUUAAGUCUUUCUUUGCUGUUGACCGAGCUACAGGAGAAGUUUCAGUGGCUCGUGAACUCCAACGUGAUGUGGCUGCUAUUGUAAGAUUAACGGUAUUAGUUACUGAUAUUACAGCUCCAACCACUCAACAAGGCAAAGGAAUUCUUGUCAUCACCAUAAUUGAUGUUAAUGAUUUUGCACCAACAUUUCCAAGACCAUGGACUCCAGAAGAUCCUCACUACACUGUUGAGUUGCUUGAGGAACAACCAGUUGGCACAGUAGUUGGUACUUUCGUGGCUCAUGAUGAAGACUCGAAGAUAGCAAAUUAUGCUAUUGAACCCGAGAGUGAAUUCUUUGAGAUAAAUAAUCUUACUGGAACUGUUCGAACAAAGAAACCCGCUGAUUAUGAAACAAUGAAGAGUCUAAAUUUUACUGUAGUAGCAUAUGACUCAGGGGAGCCUCAAAAAUCUGCGUCUGCAGAUGUGACUGUUAAUAUAAUUAACAUAAAUGAUAUGGACCCAGUAUUUACUCAAUCGCAAUAUGAAGCAUCUGUUUCUGAAAAUUCACUGCCAGGAACACGUGUUAUUACUGUAAAAGCUAUUGAUCAAGAUGAAGGUGUAUUUGGUGUAGUUACUUAUACUUUAGUUGGGGAACAUAGUCACGACUUCAGUAUUGGACAUGAUUCAGGAGAAGUUGUUGUUAGUAAUCCAAAUAUUCUGGACAGAGAGAACCUGCCAGAAUUGACCCUUGAAGUGAUGGCUAGUGAUAGUGCACCCCCAGACUCUCGUCGUUCAGUUGCUGUUCCAAUACAUAUCCGCGUAAUUGAUGAGAAUGACAAUCCACCAAAAUUUUAUCGCCGAGCUCUAGACAUUCAAAUUGAUGAAAAUUUGUCUGUGGCACCUCCAGCCCCUAUUACUCAAGUACGUGCAGAAGAUGCUGAUGAAGGAGAUAAUGGAGCAGUGAGUUACAGAAUCCUUCAGGGCAAUGAAAAUGGAGCAUUUUUCCUUGAUCCUGUCACUGGAAUUCUCUACCCUGCAACUUCAUUAGAACAUCAACCUCGAGAUUUUAAUUUAAUCAUUGAAGGUCGAGAUGGUCGAGGAAAAGGGCCUCAUUCUGACACUAUCACUGUCAACAUUCAUAUUUUAGAUGUGAAUCAGCAUCCUCCAGUAUUUGUAAUGCCACUUCUCGCAAACGCAACAAUUGAAGUUCCAGAGAAUGCUGGUCUUCCAAACUACCUUGUAAUGACUGUGAAAGCAACUGAUGAAGAUGGUGGAGAGAACGGUCAUGUGUCAUACCACUUAAAAGUUAACAAUAUGAAUAAACAGGAAACAGAUGAAUUUGGCAUUAAUGCAGAUACUGGAGAACUUAGAACAAAAAUAAUUCUUGAUCGAGAAAUUCGUGCAAACUACUCACUUGUACUUGUGGCUCGUGAUCAUGGAAAGCCAACACCAUAUGAAACACUACGAUUCUUAACUGUUCUCCUGGUGGAUGCUGAUGACAAUCAACCUGAGUUUCCAAUGGAUGAUUCAACCAUGCCUUACCAAUUUCGAGUUGCAGAAAAUGGACCAGUAAACAUGUUUAUUGGUCGAGUAAGUGCCAUAGACCUUGAUGAAGGCAGCCAUGCAACAGUUUACUAUCACAUAAUUGCUGGAAAUGAAGAGGGAGGCUUCUAUGUUGAUAAAACAAAUGGUAGCAUAUUCACAAAUGCGUCAUUUGAUCGUGAACAAAGAGAUGAAUACAAUAUCUUUAUUAAAGCUUGCAAUAAACCUGAAUAUUUCCCUACACCCGAAGAAAUCAGUGUGCUGAAUGAAGAACGUGAUCCUAGCAUUGCACAAGUUCGAAUUUCAAUUUUAGAUGAAAAUGAUAAUCCACCACAUUUUCAUCGACCCAAUUAUUAUGCUGGAGUAAAUGCAAUGACCAAUAUAAAUGAAUUUGUAGUUAAAGUUCUUGCUGAAGAUUCAGAUUUUGGUGCUAAUGGUUCCUUGUCAUAUUUUAUCAUUGCAUCAAAUCUUUAUAAAUUUGGAUCUAAUCGCUCAUCAGGAUCAAUUAUACCUUCUCCAUUCAAUGUAACUGAAGAUGGAAGAAUAGUUACAGCUAAUUACAUGGCUGAGUAUAAUCAGGAAAGAUUUGUGUUGGAAGUGAGAGCAAAAGAAAAAGCAGCACCGGAAAGGGAAGCAGUGACUCAUGUACAUAUAUGGAUUUAUGAACCACAGCAGCUUAUCCGUGUAAUUCUAGCUCAGACACCUGAAGAAGUGAAUAUGGAGCAAGAAGAAAUUGUUGCUGAGUUAUCAAAUGUUACUCAGAGUCUUGUUGUAGUUGAUGAUAUUCGAUACCAUGUUGAUUCUUCAGGCCGAAUUAAACGUGAUUGGUGUGACAUGUAUAUACAUGUAGUGGAUGGCCCUACACAAACCAUUGCAGCAAUAUCAGAUGUACUGAAAAUUAUUGACACAAAAUAUGAUUAUCUCAAGAAUUAUUAUGCUGGUUUCUCCAUUCAGAAUGUAGUGCCUGCAUUUGUUGGUACUCACGAAGAAGAAUUUGAUACAGCCUUGGCUGCAUUAAUUGCUCUUCUUAUUGUACUAUUUGUGGGUUGUGUUACAUUUGUUGUUGUUUGUUGCUGCCUUCGCCAUUGGGUGCUUCCUGCUCCAUCAGAACUGAAGAAAAAAGAAGCUUUAAUAAAAAAAGAAAUAAUUGAUGAUUUAAAUACAACUGAGAAUCCAUUAUGGAUUGAACAGAAGUUAAAACUUUAUGAGGAGCAAGAAUUAACUAUGCAAGUAUUCAGUGAACCAGAAGGACCAGGAAUGGCUGCAAUUCCAAACCCAUCCCAGGAACGCCGAGAUAGUGCAGAUUUUUCUCAAGUGGACAACACAUAUGCUACUAUUCAACAUCCAGCAAGAAGAAGUUCUGAUGACAUGGGUGAUUAUGCAACCCUUUCAGGAAAUGGCUUACAUCACAAUAGUAGUGCUCACAGUUCCCUUAGAGGAACACCGAGAGAUAUGUAUGUGGCAACACUUGGUUUCCAAGGUUCAACAUUUCAAGUCCCAGAGCAGACACAAGGGAAUAGUGGAUUAGAUGCCUUAAGAUCUAGAUCAGCUUUAACCAUUAAUAAAGAUGGGCAACCAGAGUUUGUUGCUGAACUUAUUUAAUUACGAGCAACUACAUUCAUCUAGAAAAACAGUGAUGUGACAGUUUUAUUACUGAACCUUCAUAAAUUCUGAGAUGCUGUAGGCUUGUUCAAGUCAAACAGUGAAGUGUGUGUGAACAUCAUAUAAAAUGAAGAGCAACUUUCUUCAUCAAGAAGACAUUAUGCUAAAUCAUAAUGACAAAGUGCAUUUGAAGACUUUUUAUAUAUGUUUUAUAGCUCCUUUGAAAAGGAGGAUUGUUACCAGAGAAGAUUGUUGCCAUAGAGACUGUUUGUUUUAUACACUGUUGUUGUGAAGCAAGUGUUACCCCACCAGACUUAGCACAACCUUUCAUAAUAGGAAUAAACACAAUUCUAUUUUCAUAGCACAUCUUUCCUUCAACAAGGGGUAGCAGUAUGAUUUUGUGGUGCCAAACUGCACUCUCUGAUACUGUAGAGAAUAUUUUAUAUCUGCAGUGAUGUAACUAUGUUGAAACAUUAUUCUUCAUGUCCUAAAAAAUAUGAUGCGGGAUUGUUAAAUUCCUGCAUGAACUUAUUUUUUUUAUUUUAUUGCCAAAUCUGUACAAAAUGAUGAGUUUCACUAAUUAUUACUUUAUAAAUAUAUAAUACAAAAUAACUUGUUACCCUUCCAAAAAAGAGGGUCAUAUGACAUGGGCAUGAGCCCAAUUCAUGUGCCUAUUUUGGUAUUACGUGCCUGUAUCAGGAAAUUAAUGAAGUAUGCUAAUGUGUCAUAAUUAAUAUUUAUCUUUAUCUGUGAAUGAGAUCAGAUCAAAGUAGGAAUUAUAUGUAGCAUCACAUUCCAUGUAUAUGCUUAAAAAUAAUUAUUUCUGUAUAUAAAUUUCCCUACAUAAGUAAUAAUUUGCUUAUCUACUCCUUUCAUAAUUUUGUAUGCAUUUCAUCUAAAGAAUUACAUUCUUUUGAUUGGUUCCUUUACUUGUUAAGUUGAUUGCUUUGAGUGAAUAAGAGUACUUUGAGUGAAGAUUAAUGUAUCCAGACUGCUGGGUCCAGCUGGGUAUUGUGUCUGAGAAUAGAUCAAUGUAUAUAUUAUUACACCUACACUAUACAUUAUAUACAAUUAUAACCCCACCUUCUGAGAAAGACAUGAAAGAUAAAUGGUAAAUGUAUGGGAGAAGUCUGUUUCUUUUCAUCAUAAUUAAAAUUAAAGGUGGUUCCUUUUGGUUAUAAUCAAAAUAAAAAUUGUUUAAUGCUGUGAUUCAUGUAAAGAAACAGCCAGGGAUAAUGAUUGGUUUAAAGUGAUUGGUGGGGCCAAGUCUAUAAUUAUUGUUUAUAUAGUGUAUUGUAAUCCCUCUUAACCACUACUAUUAUACAGACAAUUUAAUAUAAGAAAUGUUUUAUGAUUAAACUUUUCAUGACCAUUGCUACAAUCAGAAUUUUCUUCAAUUGACAAUGAUGUUUCAUAUUAUUUUCUUACUUGAAAUAAACCCAGUAAAUUACCCAUUAAAUAAUCAACAAUUAAUUUGUUCAAUAUUUCUUGUAUAACUAACUUUUCUGUAAGAAAGUUCAGAAAAAUUCUUAAGAGAAUAUUAGAUCUCCAUCCUCGUCCUUAUAUUUCAUUUAUUUUCAAUCAAUAAAACAUCAAGUUCAGUUGCUUUUAGAAAUCCUGCUAAAGGAGUAUACAAUAAGUAAUGAGAGUGUUGAAUUAAUUAACUAGCAAAUAAGUAAAUUAUUUUUGUUGAAAUAAAAGCAAACAUUUAUCAGGAUAGAGAGCACUUAAUUAGAAGAAAAUAUUUUUUAAGUUAUUUCAAGUAACGUAUAGUCUAGCCUUAAUGAUUUGUAAAAGGUCUGUGAGUUAUUCAAUUCCCUCUGGACAAAUGAUACACCUUAUCAGAUGUUUUUACUCUUUUUAAAUAAAUGUUAUUUUUUUUUCCUUAGAAGUAAAUCUUUACAAGACAAGAGGAGUCUCAACAGCUUCUCUAAGCCGAAAAUAAAAAUAACACAUAAUUACACCAGAGUAACUGAAAUUGUAUGAAAUUUUUAUUGUAAUUUACAAACAGUAUGUUCAUGUAAUUUAUGAACAGGUCAUAUAACUUCAUAAAGUCAUUUGAACGUUCUCAAUUCAACAAGUUACUACUUCAUUGAAAAGUCUGUAAUAUUUCUUGUUUUACACUUUUUAUUUGAACUACAAUUUACCUUUAAAGUACCAAAAUAUACGACAGAUUUGUAAUUUCAUGGAAACCUUAUGUUAUCCCAGAGAUCAUAUUUGACAAGGGCAUUGUUAUCUUCAUAAAGACCUAAAGGACAAUGGCUUUGUGUCAUCAUUGAAGGGGUCUUUUCCUUUCAAAUUAAGGGCAAUUAUGAUUGCGAAAAGCCCUAGUCUUCAUCAUGGUGGUUUCUUGAGGUAUGGAAGGCUGAUGAUUACGGUGCUGACUUAAUACAUUUUAGGCAAUUUUUAUUUUUUUUAUGCCUUACUGUUUGGGUAAGUAUUUUUCAUCUGGAAAAAUACUUUUGUUAUAUAUCGGGAUGUUGAAUAAGAACAAGAAAAGUUCUCUACUAAUUACUUUAUUAAUAAAGCAUUUUUAGUCAUUAUAAUUUAGUAAUGAAGCUCAUAAUUUCAUCAUGCAUGGGGCCCCUGAAGAAGUUUAUCCAGCUCUUGUCUAGUACACCAUUUUUUCAACUAAACUAUGUAGGUGAACAUAAAUUUUAAAUAAUUGUAAACCUAUUCCUACAUAAAUAUAGAUUUCAUUAUGCAGACAAGUAAAAUAUUAAAAGUUCAUUUGUAAGAGAGUAAUGAUAAUUUUUUAGAAUGUAAAUUGUACCUUCCAAGGCUUCUGUGUAGGGUUGAAUGCAGUUUCAAAAUGUUUAACAGAGAAUGGGUUGCUGGCCCAAUUGCUCUAACCAUCCUCCUUUUUCCGGGCUUGGGGCUGGCAAUGGCAGCUACUGAGGUUCGUAGUUGAUCCCUAGUGCCCAUCACAGGCGGAAAAAACAUUAAAUACCUCGGCUCAGUAAUAAGUAACACUGGCAUAUGUGAUAAGGAUAUUAACUCCAGAAUAAUAAUGGGGAAGAAAUCAACAAAAGCUCUACACAGCUACAAAAGCUUUCUAGCAAUAUCUGACAAGAAAUAAAGAAAAUAAUAUUCCAUAGCAUGGCAAAAAAUAAAAUCCUUUAUGAAAAGGAAAUGUGACCCCCCUGCAAUAAAAAAAAGGAAAGAAAAUACAAACAGGGGAAAUAGACUAUAUGAAAAUAUGCCUACAUUUAACAUGGUAUGAUAAAGCCCGAAAUAAGGAUGAAUGGAAACUGAUAGAGGUCAUUUGUUCAAUUACUGAAAGAUUAGAAAACAAUGCACUCCAACGGAAUGGAUGCAUCUAGAUGAUGCCUAAAGGUAGAUGGCCAAAGGAAAUUUUUGGAAUGCCAACCAUCAAGAAGAAGAAAGAGAGAAAGGCCAACUUGGGAAUGGGAAAAAUACAUUAAAGAAGUCAUGGAGGACAGAAGUGUAAGACCUGAUGAUUGGGAAAACUGAGAUCUGUGGAGGCCGGAAAUGGUGAAUUCCUAAAGGAGAAAUGUCAACGAAGAAGAAAAGAAUGUAAAUUUCUUAUUGAAAUAACAGCCACUCUUACUUUAAGGGAAUACCCCUUUGAAAUGGGAUGCAAUCAGUAUGUGACAAUUGUUUUAAAUGAAUUGAGUAAAAGUACAAAAAACAAACAUUGAAAUCAGAGGAUGGGAGCAUGGGUUUCUUUUCUCCAUUAGAUCCACUACCCUUGUGUCAAAUUUGUUUUGCCUACCUUGAAAAUUUGUUCAUAAGACAUUACUGUUCUUUACCAUUUGCUGAGUCUACUUCUAUGUCUGUGUCUUGUGUUCAACAGAGUUUUACCAAUAAAAUCAUCAAACUUAGUCUUAUCUAAUUAUGAAAAUAACUAGUAAGAACAGGGAGUAAAGAUUUAUUCAUUUCCUUGAUCAAUUUUUAGUAUGAAUUCUCAAUCUGUUCUUCAAUUUCAGAUCUAGCUGAUUAUG